AAAAUGAACAAAUGUUUCUGAUUUCAGUAUUGAAGAGAGGCAAGAUAAGAAGCCUUGAAGCUGCGCUGUCUGAGCUUGACAAGAGAUUCACUGAAAUAAUGCCGGACGAAGGAGAUUUCCUCGAUGAUCCUGACCAUAAGCAAAGAGCUGCAAAACUAAAAACCGAAUACUUCGGUAACUCGACAAUAAGCAAUGAAACCAUGCCUCAACUGACCAAGCUGUUCAGUGAUAUUUACUUCUUGAAUGGAAUAAAAAGUACCAUAUCUAGACACGAAGGAGAAAAAUACGUUUAUAAAUUUGGAUACGAAGGGUCGUAUUCAAAUACACAGGAGUUAUCUGGAGACCCGACUUACAGGAAUGGUGUUUGUCAUGCCGAUGAUCUGUUUUAUUUGUUUCCUACGAAGCCAAACCUUGAUAUUUAUGUUGUAAGUGAGACGGAGAAGGAUAAAGAGAUGAGCGCUAAAUUUGUCGACGUAGUCACCAACUUCGUAAUUGAAGGAAAUCCAAAUUCGAAGUCAGAACCUAGCAUUUGGACUCCAAGUUCUAAGGACGUUGACUACUUGUCAAUCACUACUGAAGGAAAUUUUGAAAUGAAAAAGAACUUCCCAGGAGCAUAAUGCACUCAUCAAAUAUUAACAUUUCUACUUAUUUUUAUGAACACGUAUCAAUCUCCAUUUUUUGUAACAUAUAUUACCUUUCUAUCAGAAUAUGACCUGGAGUACGGGGCUUCACCCCGUCUCAUUGACAUGGAGUAUGGUAGGUAGGCUAUUACUAAUUGCAUUUUCAUAUUCUGUUUUCUCUAAGAUACUGAACUGUCUAUUGAAAUAAAAAUCAAACUACUAUGUA